UUCUUCCAUUUAUAUACCCAAACAUCGGAAAUUCCUGGCGAACCAAAAAGCCCAUCGUAGAGCGUGAACUCUGCGCUGCAACAUGUCUGCCGAAGGCCAUGGACAAGGCAGCAGAGACCAGCUUUGGCCCUCAACGGUAGCUUCUGAACACUCGAAUGCCCAUUUUCAGGAGUUUCUCGUCAGUGGGGAAGAUACAACGGCCGAUCAUACAACGGAGUUAGGGGAGACUUUAAAAGACCUUCAUUCUCGAAUCCAAUCCGCACAUCCUCAGGAGCCUCCCACAGCCAGCCAUGACCCCCACCAUGGCGCCUCCACCGCGCACCCCAGCACUCAAGCGGAAUGGAGCGGCACUUCUCGGCGAUCUCCCACGACUCCUCCAACUGAGAUCUCCGAUAGUCAAGCAAGGCACGGCGCCUUGAGUACGGGACAUCUGACAUGCCCAUUUGUUGGGAAGUUCGGCUCGGGAACAAUGCAAAGCUGUCAAAAACACGACUUUAAAAACCCUUCCGAUUUGAAGCUACACUUAUGGCGGUUCCAUGUUCACACGGACGAUCAAGAAGUCAUCCACAACACAGGCACCAAGCCUCUAACGCUUUACCAAGCGGCCCAAACAACAAAGUUCUUGAAUAAAUUUCCUCUCUACCGACUGCGUGCUGAGCAUUGGGGUGGCACCGUUGCUAUUCUUAGCCCACUCAACAAAUGGCGACCCAGAUCAUCUGAACGUCUUGAGCGACGUAGUGAAUGCAAUUCCAAAGUAGAGAAGCUCCUGUUUCCUAAUCGUGAUAUCGAGCUCGAGUCGCACUGCAAGUUGGAUGACACUCGGGCCCCGAUUCAUCUGGGGUUUGAAGAGGAUACCACGAGCUUCUUAAGCGAGCCUGGCGAAACCGAUCUCCAGCCUUCCAAUGAUGAGAAUCAUAGCCAUCUUCAUCAUCCGACCAUCGAUGAAGAUUCUCCAGGAAAAAUGUUGUCUGCCAUUGGAUCAGGGUUUAAAGAUUCCGACGAUGUGCAGUUGGCAGACUUUGACAGGCUAUUUGCCGAAAUGGAAGAAGCACACGGUAAAGUUACAUCAGUACUUUAGAUAGCACACAGGGGUUUGUCAGCCUACCUUACUGUGACUGGGGACGCUUCCAGGGACAGGGAUGAGCAUCACGCUUCCCUGGUCAUGCAGACUUGUCAAAUAGGUCUGCAGCCCAUCAAGCAUGAAGGAAUGGCGGGUAUGACUUGGAGACUUUAUGAGGAGUUGCAUUGGACACAGUGACUGGUAUUUGAGCGGCUAUAAAAGUAGUAUAUUUGAUUAGCCGUACAACUAAACUACGGGAACAGUCU